GCGUCCGAUGCCGACGGCCCCGUGAAAGAGGCGGGAAGAGAGGCGAGCGGGGCGCGCGUGCGCACAGUGAAGCGAGGCCUAGCGCUCGGAUCCGCUUUAACCAAGGUGCGGGGAAGCCCGAUGAAGCCGUUUCAAUAAAGGAGGCGGGGGGGUGAAGAAAAAAAAACACGCAACAGACAGCCUCCGCUCCGGCCCGAGAGACAAGCCGAGAAACACAAAUGUCUGCGCGGCAGGCAGGCGGGACCGCCGCGGUUUUGAUGUGCCACCCGGUGCCACCUUGAGAGAAGCCUAUGACCAUUUAUGCUGACCUCGAUUCGGUGGAGUCGCUGUUCGAUGAGCUGCCCUAUAUGUUUUACGUGGGAUUGUUUUUUGUGAACGUGCUGAUCCUGUACUAUGCCUUCCUGAUGGAGUACAUCCUCCUGAACGUGGGCAUCGUCUUCCUCCCGGACGACUUCGACCAGGCUCUCGUCGACCUCGGGGUGCUCUCGGAUCCCGCAUCGGUCACCUACGACACCGACCCCGAGCUGGAUGUAUUCGACGGCUACUUUGACUGAGAGCAAUUAAAAAAAAAACACAACACGCACAAACACAUCGCUUUGUGAAAUUUAUUGUUUUUAGACCUUUUCCCUCCAACUCCCCGCCCCAUUCCCAAGGUCUCCCUUUUUUCCAACGUGGAACUGUACAGGUCAGGUCAGGAUGACCGUCCCUUGGUUUUCUUUCACAAGCCGAGCACUUGCUGAACGAGACGAUACUUUCGGACGUUAUUACGGUGCUGACUCCGAUUGUGCCAAGAUUGCAAUCAGUAUGGAUUGUGUCAUUUCGGGGCGUUUGUCCGUCCUGCAACGGUGCAGACCCGAACUGCCUUCUCCAGGAUUAUCUGGACAAGUAGGUACCGGCUCUCUUUGCUACCUUCGUCUCCCGAGAGCUUCAAACUAACACUGAACAGAUGAAUAAUGCUCAGACGUGCGAUCCACACCGUCACUUUAUAGAUCUCUUCUCCCCCCCCCCCCAUCCCCACUUUCUUCCUGUAAUUUAUUUAAGAAAGUAGUAUUUAUUCGUGUUUACACUAUUCUGACGUUGACUGAAAUCCGACUGAAUGAUCCUAAAAAUGCAUAAAAGUGUUUCUAAAGCUGGUGGUAAAUCACUUAUUUGAAUGAUGCGUUUUUUCUGGAAGGUGUUCUUGACAGGAACAAAAUAUUGUGAUCUUGAAAGGAGCCGGAUGGAAUUGGAAUGUGCUUCCAACCUGCCUGAAACAAUUAUAUUUUUAUAGGUAGUUUUGCACCUGAUUGAUUAAACGAACCCUGACUGUUUUCUUCCAAAUCAGUGAUAACGAAUGAUCAGGUUUUUUUCAGGGAAAUCGAAUCAGCCUGCAAGUGGGUGGGACUAAGCGACUGCAGUCUCCCAGUCUGGACACGUUUUACACAGCAGCCCUAAAAAUGAUAGCAGGGAAGGUACUGCAUAUUAAAGCUAUUUAUUUCAUUGAUAGAGUGAUAAAUAAGUAACAGUCACAAGGCAUGCUACUUUAAUUUUUUAAGUGGCGGCAAUCUUGUCGUCCUCUGUUUGUCAGAGUCACAUAACCAGAAAAUUGAAAUUUUAAUACUGUAUUUCCAGAAGUAUUGUCCACCCUCAACAAAGUGUUGCACCUCCUGCAUUGAGCUAUAUUUCAGACUUUCCUGCUAUGAUUUUUUUAAAUGAAAAUGUACAAGCUUAAGGAGAAAGUGAUGAAGUUGCAGGUGUCUCACUGGGAUUAGAUGCUAAAUGUAAUGAUGAGGAGUGUCACUGUUCCCACACUCUAAAUUGUACUAGAAAUUCUAGUUCCCCCUCUCCACUUCCAUUCCACUGCCUUUUUUUCCUUGUGCAUACUAAAUGUGUCCAGUGAGGAACCAUUUUCUGAACUAUAUAGCAGUUAAA